AAAAAAAAUUAAAUAAAAUAAAGUACAAAGAAAGAAAAGGAGCAUUCUUUCUUACCCACGUAUUUGAAACAAGAACCAUAUAUCUCCACGAAGAUCACUUCCAAUCUUCCAUGGACUAUAAUAAUUACUCAAUUCUUCUCGACGAAUCCAAAACCCCACUUUAAUUCUCACCAAAAUUCAUAGGAAAAUCCAGUGGUUUAUCUAAGAUAGUGAGGCUGCCAUGGCUUUGCAUUUGAGCAACGCUUGCUUCUCUGCGCUGAGUAGGAGUAAAGUUAGUGCAGUGAGAGCUGUGGCUUCCGAUCAAGGGAGCGUUGCGGUGAAGACAGCUGAGGUGGAAAAAUUGAGUCUUGGAGGGUCCGAACAGCAGGUGACCCGGAUUGGAAUCGGAGCCUGGUCGUGGGGCGAUACCAGUUAUUGGAAUAAUUUUGAAUGGGAUGAUAGGAAAAUGAAGGCUGCCAAGGCUGCUUUCGACACCAGCAUCGACUGUGGCAUAACAUUCUUCGACACUGCAGAGGUCUACGGCUCACGGAUGUCAUUUGGUGCUAUCAGCUCUGAAACGCUUCUCGGAAGAUUCAUCAAAGAAAGGAAACAGAGGAAUCCAGAGGUAGAGAUUGCUGUUGCUACUAAAUUUGCAGCUUUGCCGUGGAGGCUUGGUCGCGAGAGCGUUGUCUCUGCUCUCAAGGACUCUCUGUCUCGUCUCCAGCUGCCGUGUGUCGAGCUCUACCAGCUGCAUUGGCCGGGGAUUUGGGGAAACGAAGGAUACAUCGAUGGCCUAGCGGAUGCUGUGGAGCAGGGCCUCGUGAAAGCCGUUGGCGUAUCAAACUAUAGUGAGAAGCGCCUACGUGCUGCACACGAGCAGCUCAAGAAGAGAGGCGUACCUCUUGCUUCAAACCAAGUGAACUACAGCCUUAUCUAUCGACUCCCAGAGGAAAACGGGGUGAAAUCCACGUGUGACGAGCUUGGGAUCACCUUGAUCGCGUAUUCUCCUAUCGCGCAAGGUGCUCUCACGGGGAAGUAUACCCCGAGUAACACGCCAUCCGGCCCCAGAGGCCGGAUCUACACCUCCGAGUUCAUGACAAAGCUGCAGCCUCUUAUAAACCGGAUCAAGGAGAUAGGCGAGAGCUAUGACAAGACCCCGACUCAGGUUGUCCUAAACUGGUUGAUAGCUCAAGAAAAUGUCGUCCCAAUUCCCGGAGCAAAGAACGCGGAGCAGGCUAAGGAGUUUGGCGGUGCACUCGGGUGGCGGCUCACCAACGAGGAAGUUGAGGAGCUCCGGUCCAUGGCCACGGAGAUCAAACCGGUCAUCGGUUUCCCGGUUGAGAAGUUGUGAGAGGUUUGCUUCAACUUUAGCUUAAUUAGAUAACCAUUCAUAUAAUGUAUAUAUAGGUGAUGUUACACAUUUUGUUACCUUUGAUCACUUGUUGUAUAAUGUACAUCUUCUCCAUUUUUAGGGUAUUAAUGCAGCCUUUUUCAACUCC